AUGGUCGCCAUUACCGAUGACGAGAUCCUUGUCAAGACAGCAUACAACAGCUAUGACACGACACGUAAUCGACUCUACCUGAGCCAAAUUCUGAUGGCAUUGUGGAGACGAGAGGGUAAAGAAACGUCGGAUUUGACAUACCUCGGCUGGGAGAACGUCAACAACGACGGAGUCACCGACGCACUCGAGGGCGCUAGAGACUUCCUGGAUCUUGGCUCCACAGAAGGCUUUACUCUGACAUCAAGCGGAACUGAUGAGGAUAUCUGGGAUUUGUUUCGAUACACGUCAUUCGGAAAAGUUGCGACCAGGAUCUGCGGCAUAACUGGGAAAAGGGUCAGAAAGAUUAUAGUAUCUAACAACAGAGGAGCGGACACAGUCACUUGGGUAAUGGCCCUAUAG